AUGACAUCGAUCAUGGUCUUGGUCACGGUUUUGACCAUUCUUUUCACGAGUUUCAGAAUCUCUCAAGCUACGUCUCGUACUGUAACCUUCCACGUGCCGUCGAUGGUUGACAAACAUGAGCAAUGGAUGUCUCGAUUCUCUCGUGUUUACAACGAUGACCUCGAGAAACAGAUGAGACGCGAUGUGUUUAAGAAGAACUUGAAGUUCAUUGAGAACUUCAACGAAAAAGCGAACAAGAGCUACAAGCUUAGUGUCAAUGAAUUCGCGGAUUGGACCAAUGAGGAGUUCCUAGCAACGCACACCGGACUAAAGAACAUAACUCGAAUUUCCCCGUCCAAGGUGGUCGACAAAACGUUGUCGUCUAGGUCUUGGAAUGUCAGUGACGUGGCAGGCGAGAGCAAGGAUUGGAGGAGUGAAGGAGCUGUCACUCCUGUCAAAUACCAAGGCCAAUGCGGAUGUUGUUGGGCGUUUUCUUCUGUAGCAGCAGUGGAAGGUGUGACUAAGAUCGCCCACGGGAAGCUCUUAUCAUUGUCCGAACAACAGCUUCUAGACUGCGACAGAGAGUUUGACCAAGGCUGCAACGGUGGGAUAAUGUCGGAUGCUUUCAACUACAUAAUCCAAAACCGAGGCAUCGCUUCGGAGAAGUCUUACUCUUACCAAGGAUCCGACGGGAGAUGUCGGUCCAAUGCAAUACCCGCUGCACGGAUCAGCGGUUUCCAAUCUGUCCCUAGCAACAACGAGCGGGCCUUGCUCGAGGCCGUAUCGAGGCAACCCGUGUCUGUCUCGAUGGACGCUAGUGGGGACGGAUUCAUGCAUUACUCAGGGGGAGUAUACGAUGGGCCUUGUGGGACCAGUUCGAAUCACGCUGUUACGUUUGUUGGGUACGGGGUGAGCCAGGACGGGACCAAAUACUGGCUGGCUAAGAACUCUUGGGGUGAAACAUGGGGAGAAAAUGGUUAUAUUAGGAUCCGUAGAGACGUGGCUUGGCCUCAAGGCAUGUGUGGCGUCGCCCAAUAUGCUUUUUAUCCAGUUGCGUAA